AUGGCUGAGAUCAGAAGAAAGCUCGUUAUCGUAGGAGAUGGCGCCUGCGGAAAGACCUGCCUCCUGAUCGUCUUCUCCAAGGGCACAUUCCCAGAGGUCUACGUCCCAACUGUCUUCGAGAACUACGUUGCCGAUGUCGAGGUUGAUGGAAAGCAUGUCGAGUUAGCUCUAUGGGAUACGGCUGGCCAAGAAGAUUACGAUCGUCUCCGACCUCUCUCAUACCCAGAUUCGCAUGUCAUCCUGAUCUGCUUUGCUGUUGACUCACCGGACUCCCUCGACAACGUUCAAGAGAAGUGGAUCUCCGAAGUGUUGCAUUUCUGCAGUGGCCUCCCAAUCAUCCUCGUCGGCUGCAAGAAGGAUUUGCGUUACGACCAAAAGACCAUUGAGGAGCUACACAAGACAAGCCAAAAGCCCGUUACUCCAGAGCAGGGAGAGGAAGUCCGCAAGAAGAUUGGCGCCUACAAGUACCUUGAGUGUUCAGCAAAGACGAACGAGGGAGUCCGUGAGGUUUUCGAACAUGCCACCCGUGCCGCUCUCUUGACCAAGAAGAAGAAGGAGAAGAAGUGCAUUGUUCUGUAA